GGCAGGAGCUCUUGCUGUGCACUGCCGCUCUGCUCUGCGUUCUUGCGCCUGCAUCUCGCCCUCUCCUCGAGACUCGCCCGAGCCUCCUUCCUCUGCCCUGCUGCCGGCCCUGCCUCCCUCCCAUCCCCUUGCCUCUGUAUCCAAUCGAUCUCCCAUCUUCAUCAUGGCCAGCUCCACCCGGGACACAAACCUGUACUAUGUCGUGGCUCCGUACGUCCCGGCAGCCAACGACGAGCUCGCUGCAUCGGUCGGCGACCGCAUCACCAUUCUCCACGACUACGGUGACGGGUGGGCCUUUUCAAACAACUGCAGCACAGGAAAUGUCGGGCUCUUUCCCCGCAUUUUCCUGUCUCUGAACCUGCCUCCGGGCGUCGAGGAGAAAAGUGUUCCUGUCCCGGUCGAGGCCGAAGGCAGCCUGAGCGAGCGCAAGGAGAUUCCCGAUGCCCCCUCCAAGCCCUCGCCGUCGCUGAACUAUCCCUCGGGCCAGUCCAGCAGCGCCGCUCCGCCCCCUCCCCCGGAUGUCUCCUCCAAGCCUGAUGUCACAGCGACAGGCGUCUCCGCCGAGGCCACCUCUGCUGCAGAUAAGCGCAUCAGCAAGCUGCCCCCCAACCUGCCUCUGCCCACCCCUGAAGUCGUAUCAGAGCCCGGUCCAAACCGAGAGGCUCUGGCUCAGAAAGCCGACGAGUUCAAGAACGCAGUCUCCAAGCGGGUCCCCGAAAACAUUGGAUCGCUCCGGGUUGCCUUUGUCGGCGACUCGGGCAUUGGCAAGACCUCGCUGAUGACCAAGUUCUUGGCUCAAGAGGACAUCAAGAUCCGCGACCCCCUGCCUCCUGCAGACGCCUCCAUGUCAAUCUGCGAGAUCCGGGCAUCUACCGUCGCAACCGACAACCUGCUGCUGAACGAGCUGCCCAUGAACCUCACCUUCGUGGACACCCCUGGCUUUGGCGUUCAAACCGAUGCCAUGCAUGUCAUCCGGGCCAUCAACGACUACUACAUUGGCCAGUUCAAAAAGACCGACGCCAUCUUCUCCAACAACAUCCCUCCAGUCAACCUCAUCCGCUUUGUUCGUGGCAACACCGGGGCCCAUAGCCACAUUGUCGUGACCGUCUAUGCCAUUCUGCACCGCCUGACCAACGUCGACCUGGUCUAUAUGAGGAACAUUGCGCACCUCUGCAACCUGGUCCCCGUGCUGAUCAAGUCCGACUCGCUGACAAGCAAGGCCGUCUUUGAUCUCAAAAAGUCGAUCCUGGCCGCGCUGAAGAAGGAGGGUAUCAAGAUGUACAACUUUGGCUUUACCGACGACGAGCUGCAGUUCUGUGCAGAGAACCACAUCAGCCAUGUGCCUCCGUUUGCGGUGUCGUCCGAUGUCGAGGAUGGCCCGCAGCUGGGAUCCGAGAACGAGUUCGAUACGCUCUAUCGCCACAUUCUCCACAUCCACAUCGACACCCUUCGAUACGAAGCCGCCGCCAAGUUUGCCCAGUGGCGCGAGGCCACGUCCAAAGCCUAGAGCGAGUGAGUGCGCACGGCUGCUUCCGGUUCGGUUUAGUUCGGCGCGGCUCGGUUUAGUUUGGUUCGGUCUGGGGUCUCUUGCUCGUCCUGGCCGGCAGCAGUAGUGGUCGCCUGGAGUUUGAUGCUAUCACUUGUGGGGCUGACUAGAAUGUGUGCAUACGCUAUAUGCACGGAUGCUCUGUAUACGGAUACUCUGUGCAUGGAUGCUAUAGGCGCAUUCGCUCCUCUUCCUUUCCAUUUUCUUUUAACCCGGUUCUCUCAAGCGCCUCCUCUUCUCCUUCCAUUGCAUCCUCAUGCCACAGUCAUCUGCUGUUGACGCCGUUGACGCUGUUGAAUCUUUUCCUUGCCCGACCGCCUGCGUAGCGACCCGGGGUCUUUGUCCUCAUGCUGGUUUCUGAACUCUGAACAGGGGUUCACGAUCAAUAAAAUCGAGAUAAUCCUGGUUCAA